UGAAUUAGCUAACGACACUAAUAAAAUGGAUACAGCAACACAAGACCUUCCACGACCGGGUGGAUUUCCCUCCAUUCGAUAUAAGAGAAAUUUACCCAAAAAAGGUCCCUCAGGACUUGUUAUAUUUACUGUUCUUGGUGCCAUUAGUGUUUAUGGUUUUUAUCGUGUAGGACAGGCAAAUUUGGAAAAAAGAGAACUUAAACGUGAACACCUUUGGUCACGUAUACAUUUGAUUCCGUUGCUUACAGCCGAAUUGGAUCGCGAUACAUAUCGUCGUAAUAUUGCUGCAUUAGCGCGUGAAGCUGAAAUAAUGAAAGACGUGCCAGGUUGGCAAGUAGGCGAAAGUGUUUAUAAUACUAAGAGAUAUGUAGGACCAACACAGAUUGUAGUCCCUGAACCAAAUUGA